AUGAAUCACUUUGCGCAUCAUUCCCCGCCACUUACAGCUCGCUGUGCGCAACGACGAGGAGCUGAACAAACUGCUCGGCGGAGUGACCAUCGCUCAGGGUGGCCCGGCACCGUGGCUCUGAGGGAGAUCCGCCGUUAUCAGAAAUCUACUGAGCUGCUCAUCCGUAAGCUGCCCUUCCAGCGCCUGGUAAGAGAAAUCGCUCAGGACUUUAAGACCGAUUUGCGCUUCCAGAGCUCGGCUGUCAUGGCACUGCAGGAGGCGAGCGAGGCAUACUUGGUCGGCCUGUUCGAGGACACUAACCUGUGUGCCAUCCACGCCAAGAGAGUGACCAUCAUGCCCAAGGACAUUCAGCUGGCACGCCGUAUUCGCGGAGAGCGCGCUUAAACGCAGACUCCGUCUAACGCACACAAAGGCUCUUUUAAGAGCCACCUCACUGUCUCACAGAAACGAGCCCGUCUCCAUCCCCUGCACGGAACACCGUUCUGUUUGAGCUCACGGUUCGAGUGGAGUCGGAGCAGUGAAACAGAACAGCUGUUAGGACACAGUGGCCAGAGUUCUAGAACUCCUCGCGGUUUGACUGACAGGUUUUUGUCCUUUUAGAUAUUGUGGUGUCUGAGCGCCGCUUCAGUAAUCAGAAGAGAGAAGCAGAAAGUUUUCUCCGCUGCUUGGAAAUGAGCAAAGUCUUUGUGCCCGGGAAGACGACGACUGGCAAGGGGGCAGUUUAAAGCUACACAGAUUAAGGGUUGUAAUAUUAUGAUGUGCUUAUACAAACUCUCCCUGCUGUAAAGGCAGCAAAAUUACAUGGAAAAAUUUAUUCACAGUUAGCCAGUUUGCAUGGUGAUACAGGUGGUGAAUGUCAAUCCUUAUUCGUAUUGACACAGAUAUCAUCAAAUGUUACGACAUGUUGCUGCUGCUUUUCUUCAUUGAGACAGACAUGUUGAUUUUGUUUUGACAGAUGUGUGUUUUUCCUGCAGCCUUUGUAUGCAUAUAAACGGACAGCUGUGUCAAAAACAAACUUGCAAAAUAGGAGCUUCACGAGCUCACAGAUGGUUUUGGAGGUAAGCGUGUAAUUGCUGGAAGUUUCUGCAAUGGAAAACUACAAUACUUAUAUUUAUCAACAAUAGUAUAC